CGUGUUCAUAUCUUCCGAUGAGCCUUCCCGGUGGUCAAUAGGUCCGAACUCUGGCCAUCAAUCCGCGCGAAACCCCAUCGAUCUUUUGAUCGCACAGUUGAAGUGCGUAUUCAAAUAGAUCAAAUCAUGAUCGAACAGUAGGCUGAUUUAGCUUAUUUUUAUAAAACGAAGUAUCACGCAUGUCCCGGUGAUCGCGAUAAGAUCUGGAAUAUUAAGUCGGUCGGUCGUCGCCAUUAUAGAUUGCUCAGAGCUCGCAAUUUUGAUUAGUAGAUUACUUAUACUCAGUCACCAUCUGCAAACAUAAUUAGGCUGGCGGCUUUUUUUUGCGAAGUGGCAUUCAGAAACAAGUGAAGUGACUUAGUUACCAAGAGGGAGAGAUCAGUGAUAGAUUUUCAAAAUCCGGAAAGGCAAUAAUCGAAUGUGCAGCCGGUGUAUGUUUGGGAAAGUGUCGUUAACAUUCCGAAGUGGUUUGAGUUCUGCCACCCGCCCAUUCAUCGUUGGAUAGUUUUCGGUACGGUUUCGCGAGUGAGAAGUGACAAGGGUUUUCAGUGAACACAAUUAGAUUGGUCAUCACAUUUUUGUUCUGAUUCGGAUUCGGAUAGUCUUGUGACUGUUGUGUGGGGAGUUAUCAGGAGUAACCAGAAGACGUGUUUUAUGGCCCAGUAGUGGUAACGAUGACAGCAAGCGCUCGGAGAGAAAAUUUACGUCCCCGACGGACGUUCCGGAUAGGUGCCAUGAGAUUUGGAACAAUGCCGUCGAUGCUGUUUUCGCAUAUUCUUUUGCUGCUGUUGACAUCAUUGGCGCAAUCAUCUUUUGGGCAGCGCCGGCCGGCAUAUGAAGACUGCGAACAGCCGCCGGAAAUAGCCUACGGGAGCGCCCGCAUCACCGUGGACGAGACCGAAGAGUUUGUGACGGCCCGGUACAGCUGCCCGGCGGGAUUCAGGCUGGAGGGGAAGGCGGACAUUCGAUGCGAUAUCGACUCGGAUGAGUGGCAGGUCAAGGAAUUGCCCAAAUGCGUAAAAGAAUCCACCGACAAAGAUGUCUCCCAGCAGCAACCCCAGAAGAAACGCAAACUGCAAAAUAUUCAGGAGGAAACCGCCAUCGACGAUGCAUUCGCCUCGCAGCUGGAUCUAUCCUGCAUGGCCCAGGGUUUGAUUCAUGCUCCCGAGAUAGACAAUGGCUACGUUGUCAAGUACAACAGACGGAGAAAAGAGGACCACAUUUUUCUGGUGGCAUUCUACGAGUGCGAUGACUACUACGAGCUGCAGCCAUCGGAGACGGAUCGAUUGUUCUGCAGUGGCAAACAGUGGAUAGGCAAAACGCCCAACUGUGUUUCGACGGGAGGCGAUGGCGAGGAAGACGAAGAAGAGGAGGAUGAAGAUGAAGACGAAGAUUAUGAUGAAGGAGAAGAAGAGGAAACUGAUCCUGAGCAGCAACCUAGUGAAUCGGAUAGUGAUAAGGAUCAGCAACAGCUUCCGGAGACGAUUCCUACAACAUUAACAACAACAACAACAACAGUCAGCCCUACGACUGAAGCCAAAGAAGAACACCCAAUACAUGAAAAUCCCCAUCUGGUCGAAUCAAGUUCUCCUCCUUCGCCUCAACAUGAACACCACAGCGAAGAGGAGAUUACACGGUCUGAGCAAAUACAUCCGUCAGAGACACAUUCAACAUCCGAAGAUGAAAACGAAGUUGAAGAAAAUGCUAUUGACAAUGAAGGCGAAAGUGAACCAAUACCGGAAGAGCCAUCGGAGAACGAGACACAGCUCAGAAUUGCAACCUGUGGUGCCAAUCGGGGAGGUUGUGAUCACGAAUGCCAGGAUGGACACGAAACUCACCCAGAGAUACGAUGCUCCUGCUAUCACGGUUUUCAACUUGAUGAACACGACGGACGUACAUGUCAUGACAUCGACGAGUGCUCUCUGCACAACGGAGGUUGCGAGCAGACCUGCACCAACAAACCGGGUUCUUUCGAGUGCAGUUGUCAACCGGGGCUACAGAUUGACGUUCUCGACGGGCGAAGCUGUAUCGACAUCAACGAGUGCUUGCUACGGAAUGGCCACGGCCCGUGUCAGGACACGUGCAUCAAUCAGUGGGCCACUUACAAUUGCACCUGCGAAGGACUGCCGAAUACUCGCCUGUCGGCGGACGGUCACGGCUGUGAAGACGCCAGCGAUUGCCCCAAGGCCGGCUGCUCCCACCAGUGCUUGAGUACGAUGGGCCGUAUCUAUUGUCUCUGUCCGAAGGGGUUCUACCUUGGGGACGAUUGGAAAACGUGUCAAGAUGUCAACGAGUGUGAGAACCCUUCCAUUGUCGAGCUGUGUCCUCACGGAUGUGAAAAUCUUCACGGGUCAUACCGAUGCCGCCAACCGGAACUUAGCACCACUGAAGCAGCUCCAACUGAAGAAGAAAACGAGGAGGAUGGCGAUGAUGGCUACGAUGAUGAUGAGGAGGAAGUGGACCGACAGGAUAAUGAACUCGAUUGGCCGACGACGUUGUCCUCAACAACCACAACGAAACUUCCUGAAAUUAAGCACGAAACGCUCCCAGAACAAACCAUCCCGGACGAUGAAGAUAACGACGAGGAUGGUGACGAUGACGAUGAUGAUAAUGGCCAAUUGAACAACGAACUGGAAACUCAUUCGUCUCAUACACCGGAAAUCGAUAGAUCAAUGACUGACGACUACGAUGAUGCCGAUGAAGACAACAAAGGGCAACCAGAGUCUGAUAGGCAACUGCAUGAAGUGGAAAUCCAUCAUCCCCAUCGACAUCACCACGGGGAGGAGAAAGAAGCUUUGCCUGCGGAAAAUGAAAUCGAGCCCAAGGUGGGAGAACUUCCUGGCAAUCAUCCACCUUCUUCAACGAGUGAUGAUGCGGAGGACGAAGAUGGUGACGAUGAUGACGAUUAUCAGGAACCAGAUACGGAGGCACCUUUAAUUCCGAUAACAACAUCCACCAGCACGACGACUGUCGCUCCGCUUUUGUGCAGAGAAGGAUUACGGUUGAACUCCAAUGGAGAAUGCGAAGAUAUCGACGAGUGCGCGGAGCAGGAACAUGGGUGCGACUUCUGUCGGAAUGCCUACGGCGGGUACGAGUGCACCUGUCCGGCAGGCUACGAGCUCGCUGACGAUGACAGGUCGUGCCAAGAUGUAAACGAGUGUGAAGUCUAUGCUCAACGUGAGGAGGAUGACUACGACGAGGACGAGGAGGGAGAUGGGCUGGGGCGUCCCCGUGCCGCGGUGGCCAUUUGCUCCCACCAGUGUGUGAAUACGGUCGGUUCGUUUGAGUGUCGAUGCCCGGAUAACUUCCAUCUGAAUAAUGAUCGGAAAACGUGCGUGAGAGACUUCUGUGCAGACCUGUAUGAAAAUCCGAACAAAACUAGAUGCUCGCACGAGUGUAAGGAUGGAACGGAGGGGUUCAUGUGUAGCUGUCCGGAAUUUCACAUAUUGGAUGAAUACGAUCUUAAAACAUGCAGGAAUGUGUACAGCUGCGGCGAGGAGUACAAGAAACGGUGCAAUCCUGGAGUUUGUCGGAUGAUUGAGGGAGGUGACUACCGAUGUGAGUGUCCUCCCGGCCAUCAACAGCACGAUCAUAGCUGUCAUGACAUUGAUGAGUGUGAAUUGGGCAGACACUUAUGUUCGCAUAAUUGUCACAACACAGCUGGGGCAUAUGAGUGUAGUUGCCCGAGAGGCUUGCAGUUAUCGACGGACAAGAGGACUUGCGAUGAUAUCGAUGAAUGUGACGAGCAAGACGAGGAAGAGCUCUGUGGAGACUUGAAUUGUUUGAACACUUAUGGGAGCUAUAGGUGUGUUUGCCCGGAGGGUAAAGAACUCGACGAAUAUGGCAUCUGUAGACAGAUGGACUUAUGCACAACUGACAAUGGAGGAUGUUCCCAUAUUUGCACAUUCUUCAACAGAGAAACCUUUUGCGAUUGCCCAGAUAAUAUGGAAUUGGCCGAGGAUGGGAAGAGUUGCACAAAAAUAAAUGAUUGCAAUCUGAACAAUGGUGGUUGUUCGCAUUCAUGUGAUCCAGACGCUGAAACACUGUGUGGGUGUCCACAAGGGUUUGAACUAGAAUCAGAUCAACGAACCUGCCGUGAUGUCAACGAAUGUCGCGAAAGCAAUGGAGGAUGCGAACAAAGUUGUGUAAACUUCGAAGGCGGGUAUAAGUGCAGUUGCUAUGGAGGAUUUGUAGCAUCACCGGAAGAUAGCAGCUCAUGUGUCGAUAUCGACGAAUGCUCUAUAAGUCAAGGCGGAUGUGACCACGUGUGUCACAAUACAGAAGGCUCAUUCCAUUGCACAUGUCAUAAUGGAUAUCGCUUGGCCGAAAACCGUCAUUCUUGUGUUGAUCUCAACGAAUGCGAAGAAAGAAAUGGAAACUGCUCCCAUGUAUGUAUUAAUCUUCUCGGAGGACAUCAAUGUUCCUGCCCGAAAGGGCUCUACUUAUUGGAGGAUGGUUUGACGUGUGACUUUGUUAAUGAAUGUGAGUUGAAUAAUGGCGGGUGUUCUCAUGGGUGCAGCUACGAACACGGCGUUGUGACCUGUUCAUGUCCGAAAGGAUUCCAGCUUGAAAAGAAUAAUUUCAAAACCUGCGUUGACAUCAACGAGUGUGAACACAAGAAUGGUGGCUGUUCGGAUACUUGCACGAAUCUUCCGGGAAGUUAUUAUUGUACGUGUUCUGAAGGUUUUGAACUCGGACGCAACCGCCACACGUGCGUAGAUAUCGAUGAAUGUAUCGAAAACAACGGAAACUGUUCAAACAUAUGCAUUAAUUUGUUGGGAGACUUCAGAUGCGCUUGUGAAGCCGGGUUCGAGCUGGAGGAUGACCAGCAGACCUGUCGUGACGUUGACGAGUGCUCUACGAAAAUCCACGAUUGCUCUCAUAUUUGCGUAAACGUCCCUGGAACAUUCGAAUGUGAAUGCCCGUCCGGAUUUGUUUUGGGACGGGACAAAUUUACCUGUGAAGACAUCAACGAAUGUGAGACACUGCUGAACAAAGGUGGUUGCGAACACCACUGUGUCAACUUGCCUGGAUCGUAUCGCUGUGGUUGUGAAAUUGGUCAUCGGUUGGAAAAGGACAAUAGGACCUGUUCGGACAUUGACGAGUGCUCUGAUGAAUAUAAGAAGUGUUCUCACGAUUGUGUUAAUACAAAGGGUGGUUUUGAGUGUUCAUGUCCUUCGGGAUUAAGCUUAGAUGUUGAUAAAAUGUCGUGUCUGGACAUAGAUGAAUGCAAAAUCAACAAUUUCAACGGAGGUUGCUCGCAUGUCUGUGAGAAUCAGCACGGAAGCUUCAAGUGUAAAUGCCCGGAAGGGAUGGUUUUGGGUGACGACCAUGCAACUUGUGAAGACGUCGAUGAAUGCUCGUCCUUGAAUGGAGGUUGCAGCCAACGGUGCGUUAACCUUCCUCAUAGUUACAGAUGUGAAUGCGAAAAGGGUUUUGUGUUAAUGAGUGAUAAUAAGACUUGUGAGGUGAGCAAUCCUUGUGCAUUAAGAAAUGGUGGGUGUGAGCACUUUUGUAAUCUACGGGAAGGUAUUCCACAAUGUUCGUGUCGGGAUGGAUUCGUACAAAAUAAGACAAAUUUAGCCAAAUGUGUGGACAUUGAUGAAUGUCAAUCUCCGAACGGUAAUAACUGUCAACAGACGUGUAUCAAUACGUUGGGAUCUUACACGUGUGAUUGUUAUAGCGGAUACGAGAAGAAUGAUUUGGGUCAAUGCAUCGAUGUGAAUGAAUGCCUCGAACAGAACGGUGGUUGCGGGCACAAGGCAAAAUGCAUUAAUUUGGCAGGGAGCUUCCGAUGUGUAUGUCCUCCGGGACAUAAAAUGGGAAAGGAUCGAAAGUCAUGCUUAGAAAUCAAGGACCGCUGUAAGCCGCUGGUAGCCCCUAAAAAUGGUGAUGUACGAUGCUCCAGAUCCCGACACAAGACACAGCUGUACUAUCGAACCAAGUGCAGCAUUACGUGCAAGAAAGGUUUUAAACUAUUGGGACAAAGUAUAAGGCAAUGCAACGGUACUGGACAAUGGGGCGAAGAGGAAUCGCUUUGCAUUCCUCAACCAUGCCCACGACUCAAUCGUCCAGAGCAUGGCACAAUUCUGCCAGUGGCUUGCAUGUCUGGCAAGAUCUUCUCCGGUGAACGCUGUGUUUUACAUUGCAAACCUGGUUAUAAACCGGUUGGGAAACGUACCACAGUAUGCGAUACAGAACAGAAGUGGACUCCCACGCCAAAUCUUCGGUGUGCUCCGGUGGCCACUCCAGCACCCGUCGUCAUAAAACCGCAAAUUCAUUGCCCAGCCGAUAUUCACGAGGUGCUUCCGGUGGGACACUACACCAUGAAAAUUAGGUUCGAGCAACCCAAAACUAACGUUGAUUGGUAUCAGUUUGUGGAUGCUCAUCCUGCGUGGGGUAAACAGUUAGAAGCAGAACUACCAGCAGGGGAGACAGAAGUCACUUUCCGUGCCAGGAGUCCCAAUUCUCCGAUGAAUGAUGUUUGUCGGGUUGUUAUCAAGAUAAGAGAACGAAGAGCUCCAAAUGUCGUCAACUGUCCAGAUUCAUUCAACGUUCAAUUGGAGAACUACGAGACUUCCCGUUCCGUGUAUUGGGUUGAACCCAACUUUGAGACUGAGUCCGAAAUUAAACAGCUGUACAAAUCUCACACUCCUGGCCAGGUGCUAAUAGCUGGAGUACACUACGUGAAUUACGUGGCGACUGAUGCCGAUGGACUAAGUGCCAAAUGUAGCUUCGGAAUCACCGUAAAAGCUCCCUUAGAGCCUUAUGGUCAACGAAGACCGGUUCACCAGCGCCCGUUGGAGACCAAUCGGCUCGAGGAUCACGAGUCGUACCUGAUCUGUCCGGGCAAGUCACCGAUUCUGGUAGACCCCAACAGCCCCCAUCUAUUUUAUCGGCGCUAUCACUGGCUUCAAAAUGUUCACAAGAACCAGAUUCAUACCCGAUCGCUUCAUAUUCCGCAAGGAUGCGUGGUGAAGAAUAUCCGAAUCAAGCAGAAGCUAGCUCGGUUGCGCCACCAGCAGAAUGUACUCCAAAGGCAUUUGCAAGAGCUAGAGGGGGCUCCCAAUCCGGACCCAGCAGCCAUCGAACAGCACCACAAGAAAUACAACAACUUCCUUCGCUACUAUUCUUCGUGGGAUAAUGCCUACAGCCAACAGCAGAGUCAUGGUCACCAGCAGCCACCUCACCAGGAGGAACCUUCCUACCACCAUCGCAUGCAAACUACUUCCCAUCCUCGGCGAUGGUUCAAGAAGCGAAGCAAGGACACCACCGAGAUGGAAGAGUCCGCAUCAAGGGAUAAAAGUGCUGAUGUCCUGGAAUUUUAAACCUCACUCGAUGGCUGUCAGCAUCUCAUCAUGGCAACGAAAGACUAAAAACAUUAUCUACUACAGUGCCAGUGCAGUGCAGUCACACAUUUAUGCUGACUAACAUUCACCUACAUACCGACGGAAUGAGGCGACGAAUGCAUGCGCUUAAAUACUUGACAUUUUUCAUAAUACGUUCUUCUGUGGAGUGCUUUUUAUCGUCAUCUUAAUCGAAACGAAUCAAUGGUGUAUGAGUGCCAAGGUACUUGCGGAAAAGCUUUCCGCUGGAAAACCUCGAAGAGAAGAAAAUCUUUGUUUAGGGAACAACGAGUGGUUCGCCUCACUGGGAUUAACUUUUUUCCCUUCGUUCAUAACAAUAUGUAUAAGGCGUGAGUAUGGAAGAGAGAAAUAUCCUCCUAGUCGAAUGCACGAGUCAGGGUUAUAAAUCAGAAGAUAUACCUCCACAUAGCAGUGUAAGAAUCUUGGGUAAAAGUUGAAUACUGGAAGCGGGAUAACAAAAAUAAAAAGUCGAGAGGAUCGCCUUUGUCGUCGAUGAUAAUGCUGAUGAAGGGCUUUCCUUGGUGUACUUUGGCUUA